AUGUCCGCCACCACCAUCAUCGAAGGUCUCGAGCAGAGAUUCGAGGCUGAUCAACUUCACGUCCGCGGCUCAGAGGAAUUCGACACGCUCAACGGCGCGAAGGACGUGUCUGUCUUCUUGACGGUCAUCAACCCCUUCGUACUCAAUGACGAAACCUCUUUUGCUGUCCGUGGAGCCGGCCAGCAGCUCUUGGCAGGAUGUGCCAAUAUACAAGGAGGUAUCACAUUGGACUUGCGCUUGUUGACCGGGAUUGACCUUGACCUGGGCACCGGGAUCGUAUCGAUCGCUGCCGGCGAACGAUGGGGUGCAGUCUACGAAAGGUUGGCUGAGCACGGGCUUGGCGUGACAGGCUCACGAUCUGCCAAGGGAGGGAUCGCAGGUUUGGCAUUGUCAGGCGGCCUCUCCUUCUUCUCCUCCCGCGAAGGUUUUGUUUGCCACAAUGUCGAGACCCACGUCAUGAUUAGUCUCUUUUUUGCUGCUCAGUUCGGCCAGACAAUGGGUCUCAAUCAGCUGUAUUACACUCGAGAAGUGGAGAACCCUCCCGUCCUCGAUCCAUUCGCAAAGGUACAGCCACAGAUGGAACAACUCAACUCGAUGCGGAUGAUCAACCUCAAAGACGCAGCGGCCGAACAAGCGGCCAUGUCCUCAGAGGGAAUAAGAUGCUCCUACAUGAACACCACAGUCAAAUCAGACGCCGCGACUCUCAAGGCUGUCGCCGAGGCUUUCGCCUCGACUCUCGAUCUCGUCAAAGGGUUCGAAGGCGUUGCAUUCUCUUUGACGUUGCAGCCCUACCCGGUGUCUCUGUUGGAGAAGUGUGUUUCGGCCGUUGGGAAUGUCACAGGCCUGACCCCUGAUGAAGGUCCGUUGGUUUCCGUUCUCGUGCUCAUGUACUGGAAAACCCCACAAGACGACGGCCACAUCAUUGCUGCGGCGACAGACCUGAUCCAGAAGACCAAGACCGAAGCUGCCGCGAGAGGCCAGGCUGUGCCUUACACUUACAUGAACUACGCCUUUGGGUUUCAGGACCCAAUCGGCUCUUACGGCGAUGAGAACAAAGCACUGCUGCAGAGUGUCAGUAAGCGGUACGACCCUGAAGGCAUCUUCCAGAAGGGCUGCCCCGGUGGAUUUAAGCUGUUCGUCUGA